AUGUCCCAACAAGAGACCGCCACCCCGAACGGCGUCGACUCGCUCGCCACCUAUGAGUUCCCGACUCAACGCCUGAAGAAGGUGUUGAGCGACAGCGGGAGGACGCCCUUGGUCCUCGUCGCUUGCGGCUCCUUCAGCCCGAUCACAUACCUGCAUCUCCGCAUAUUCGAGAUGGCGUUGGACUGGGUGAGGUACAAUACGGAAUUCGAAGUUGUUGGCGGGUACUUGUCGCCUGUCGGCGACGCCUACAAGAAAGCAGGGUUAGCCUCAUCAGAACACCGCAACAACAUGUGCGAGUUGGCAGUCGAAGAUUCGUCAUGGAUUUCUGUCGACAAAUGGGAACCGUUGCACAAGGAGUAUCUGCCGACGGCAAAAGUUUUGGAUCACUUUGACCAUGAGCUGAACGAAGUUCGUGGUGGAAUUGAAGACUACAGCGGUCAGAAGAGGAAGGUCAGGGUUGCACUGCUUGCUGGAGCCGAUUUGAUUCAGACCAUGUCGACACCGAACCUCUGGGCACCAAAGGAUUUGGACCACAUUUUGGGCGAGUAUGGUGCAUUCAUCGUUGAACGUGAAGGCACGGACAUUGAUGAUGCACUCGCCAGUCUUCAACAAUGGCGUGACAAUAUUUAUGUCAUCCACCAGUUGGUGAAGAACGAUGUGUCCAGCACAAGAAUCAGGCUCUUCCUGAAGAGAGACAUGUCCAUCCGUUACUUGGUGCCGGAGCCAGUGAUCAAGUACAUCGAGGCUACCGGCCUGUACCGCGACGACGGCGAGAAGAGGGACGACAAGGGCAAGGUGACAGCGACGUCCAGCUCUUCGUAG